AGCCGCUCCACGCUGGCGAUUCCCAUGGGCAGCGAGCUCUUACUCGAAGCCGUGCGAGCCUUCUUGCGGCGACGCCUGAGGCGUCGCCUCUGCAAGGGCCACAGCUGGACGGGGGGAACGCUGGGAUUCAUCGUGGCCGACUGUGCUUUUGUUUCGGAGCCGUACGCAUGGAUGGUCUAUGCCUUGGCGUCCUUCCUAGACGAUGCCCCGCGGUCCACAAGAUCGACACCGCGGUCCGCCCCAAAAAUGGGCAACUGGAUCACACAGGCUUUUGGCGUCCUCACACAUUCCAACGGUGCGAGGCCCGCAAUGACCUCACCCUGA